CCGAAUGAAGGCUUUUGUUAUUUCAAACAAACAGCGACCACACAUCACCUGUUGGCUCCUCCCGUAGCAUACAGAAUCACUGUUUUGAAUGCAGCAUUCCUUAGUAUGUUAGUGAUUUCCAAGUAACUGCCACUUUAUUUAUGAAACUUUUUUUUCUGUGUUAUGUGGACAGAAGUUUUGCUGCUGAAUGUGAUUUUACAUCUCACUCAUGUAGAUGUUUGCUGCUCAGACAUGGCAAAGAAAUAUUUCCAGAUGCACAAAAUUAGUGAGCAGGAGGUUGGCGUAGAUGGGGCUGGAGGUGGUGAUGAGAGGAUGCAAUUAUUGGCUCACUAAGACACCAUAGACCUAUACAAAUAGAUACACUGGACAAUGAUGCAAAUGAAUCACAGUAUAAGUACAAUAUUUUAUACUGCUGAAUUGAAAUCCCAAGGUAAAUUUAGGAACCACUAAACCUAAUUACCUAUCAGAAUCAAUAGGUGGCCGCUGCAGGAUGAACACAGUCCUUUGCUCUUUGUUUUCACUUCAUUCACCUUAUCUGCAAGCCUGGAUGUGAACCGAAGAUAAUGACCAUCAAGUAUUAGCCUUCAUCAAUACCUGCUGUUUGUCCUUGUCAAGUGUGGGAGAAAGCAUUUGGAGCAUAAUAGGCUGGCUUGUGCACACAGUGGAAAAGGUGUGGUCAUGGCUGUUGAUUACAUGAAGGUAUCGGACAGAGAGAGGAGUAACAGAUAGAACGGAGGGCUGAAGGAAUUUGUGUUUCUGUCUUUCAAAGCAGGUGGAAAUCCAGUUUGAAGGUCUACUUCCCCAGGCAGUCUAACCAGUUUCAGUAUGAAUAAUAAUCAGACACACUGUCCAACCUAUGACAACACGGGAUUUCAACAUGAGGAAGAAAGACCCCCUCCAUACACUCCACAACAGACUAUAUACCCUCACCUCCCGCAAGAGGCUCCGAGCUAUGUGGCCAUCGCUCCCAAAACCAUCAACACGCACCACACUUCAACACCCGGAAGACCACAUAACCCAGGACAGAGGAAAGGAAUCAAGAAGUGUCACUGGAAAUAUGUACUGUGUACAUCUCUGUGUGUGCUUCUCAUCAUGGCAGUGGUCGGCCUCUUGCUCUGGUAUUUCUUGUACUACCAGUGUUUAUUGGGGAAGUCGUGCAGAAGUGGUGAAGAGUGUCUAAGCCCCUCCCAGUGGUGUGAUGGUGUCAGGGACUGUUCUCACGGAGAGGAUGAAUCUCAGUGCUUCCGCCUCUAUGGGACCAACUUCAUCCUGCAAGGUUAUUCACCUGACAGUAAGAUGUGGAUGCCGGUGUGUGCUGAAAACUGGAAUGACAAAUAUGGAAAAGCUGUUUGUGAGGAGAUGGGAUACAGAAGGGAGGAUUAUGUGUCCUUCAGUGAGACCAGCGCUGGUUCUAUGGCAUGGAGGGGAUACAUGAAGCUGAAGGCUGGAGGUGACCAUGGAUCACACUUAGAGCUCACUUACAGCCAGACUUGCUCAUCCAGAGCCGUCAAACUUCAAUGUAUUGAAUGUGGAAAGAGUUCCAAAGCACCCAACACUCGUAUUGUGGGUGGCACGGAGGCAGUAAACGGGGCCUGGCCGUGGCAGGUCAGUCUUCAGAUUAACCAUCAACACGUUUGUGGAGGCUCCAUCAUCAACCCUUACUGGAUCCUAUCUGCUGCACACUGCUUCCAAAAGUACUCUGAUCCUGGAUUGUGGAUGGUCCACUCUGGCGACGUGAGCUUAUUUAAACUGAGCUUCAGCACUGGCAAAAAAGUUAAGAAAAUUGUUAGUCAUGAAGGAUUUAACAGCAUUAACAAUGACAAUGACAUAGCUCUUCUAAAGCUCAAGACACCCCUGACAUUUACAAGCACAGUGAAGCCAGUGUGUCUCCCCAACACUGGUGUGGACCUCUCUGCUGGACAUCAAGCCUGGGUUACAGGAUGGGGAGCCUUGCGCUCAUCUGGAUCGUCCCCUGACAUUCUGAAUCAGGCUCAAGUAACCAUUUACAGCAGAGAAACCUGCAACAGUCCUCAGGUGUUAGACGGAGAUAUCACUAAGGCCAUGUUCUGUGCUGGCAAGCUGCAGGGAGGGGUCGACACAUGUCAGGGUGACAGUGGAGGGCCCCUGGUGGUCAACGAGGGAAAUGUAUGGUGGCUGGCAGGGGACACUAGCUGGGGAAUCGGAUGCGCUCUGAGAAAUAAGCCAGGAGUCUACGGCAAUGUAACCUACUUUCUGAGCUGGAUAAAUGAGCAAAUGCAGGAUGAGUGACAAAGUUUCCGGUGAACAUGAAGACAAGCUUCUUUCAUUAAUCAGCAGUACUUGUUUUUAACACACACUUUGCACUUUAAAUCUGAAGCUCUGACAGAAUUGAUAUUGUAUUGUAUUGAUCAGUAAGAUUUUUCUU